AUGGAGACUGCCGGCCUUGCUGUUGGCACGCUUGCGCUCAUUGGGGUCUUCGAAGACUGUGUGACGCUCCUCUCGCAGAUUGGAGCGGCCAAAUGCAUGGAGAAAGAUUACACACUACUCAAAACAAGGCUUAACUUCCAAAAGACGCUGUUGCUCCAAUGGGCAGAACGACUGAAGUUACACGAUGUCGAUGGCAAGGUCUUGGCUGCAUUCUCGGGCUUCUGCAAGACGGAGACGUACUGGAACAACGUUAUGGUCUGA